GACAGGAAGACAUAGCAGGUAAGGAAACAAUGAGAUGUGAUGAGCAGAACAGAACACAGACUGGCAGAAGACACAGAAAUUGAGUUUGAAAGCAUUUGAUGACAUUAUGGAUUCUACUAAUUGUGAGAUGCUCGUGACAGUCCUAUCUGUAGCCAUGGUGAUGCUGACAGGUCACCUGAUAUAUGGCCUCCCUAUGGACGGUAAAGUGAGAAGACCCAGAGCCCUGUCAGAAGAUUGCUCUUCUUUGUGUCCAGCAGGAGAAUACCAGUCAAACUGUCAGUGUCUUCCAUGCUCCUCUGGUUUCUUCACCAGUGAGAUGAACAGAGAAAACAGUUGCCACCGCUGCUACCAGAGCUGCGAUGCUGAUUUCUAUAUGGAGGUGGUGAAGGAGUGUACGAAGACAUCAGAUGUAGUGUGUCGCUGUCAGAAGGGUUAUGUAUGUACCACGAUAGACCAAUACACAGGCCGAUGUCGGGAGUGUGUUCCCGUCACCACGCCUAGCCUGUCCUACACCUCCUCUGACGCCCCUCCAUCCACCACUUCAUCCACCGCUUCAUCCACCACUUCAUCCACCACUUCAUCCACCGCUUCAUCCACCACUUCAUCCACCACUUCAUCCUCAAGUGCACAGAGCUUGCUGGUUGACUAUAAUUUGGUGUGGAUUUUUGGGUUAAUUUUGGUCGUGGUAACUGUCAUCAUCCUUACACUCUUCUUCCGGCACUGCAGAAAGAAAGAGAAGGAAUGUUUUAAGCAUUUUGUCAGGCAGUGCUCUCUGGGUAAUAUAGAGGUGGACAGUGAGACCAAACCUUCUCCCAGCCAACCAGAUGAGCAGCCCCACCCACAGGGGAUGCUGUCACAUGCCAGCAAACCCACCAAUCACAGCACAGACUGCUCUUUUCAUCAGCCAGUCAGCUCAGAGCAGGCUGUGCCUCCAGCUGGCAAUUUAGGCCCUCUCCACAUCUACGGUCCCCAUACAGUUUUUGUUAGUUUGCUCAAUCAGUUUGGAUGGGAUGGAGGAGAGAAAAAAGCACAUGAACUCCAAGAAGAGUCCCUGAAUGACAGCAACGCGUCCUACCCUCGGUCUCCUCCCGUCCAUCUGUCUGAGGAGGAACGGAGCAGAGAGAACGACUUUAUCUUCUUCCCAUCUCAGGAGCAAGGGAAAGAGUGCCACAUAUCUAAAGAAGAGGUGCUGUGAGGGAUCAUGGGAAAUUUGUGUCCGUUCUUCUUCCGUACUGUUCGACUGCUGUGUGGUUUGUUUUAACUGAUGCUUUAUAAGUACCCAGUUUUCAAACUCUAACCCAGGCAGGGGAUUUCAUAGAGAGAAGCAGCGUUAGGGGAAGACCUGAGUGACGGUAUGGAUGACAAAAGUGUCGUGUAUGAGCCGGACAGUUCAUGACAGCUUUUGAAAUAUUCCCCAUACAGUAGUACGUGUAUGCAUAACCACUGAUUCUAAACCAUCAGAACAGCAGUGGGAUCCUAAUGUUGAUUUUGUGAAGAGUCGAUACCACAGGCUUUCAGUUCACUGCAGGUCUUAUGAUGGUUGAAUGACCCUCGGGAACGAAGCGGAAUCUCAGUGCCUCUUUUCAAAGUGUUUGAAGGCAAAGAGCAGCUCUAAAACACUCAGAAGAUUCACAUAUACUGUAUGUUGAGAUAUUUAUUUGAAGUAAAGUUUAUUGAAGUUA